UUCUGUGAUUAUACCAUCAGUGACAUUACUGACAUACCUUAUCACAUAAGUGAAAGAGAUUAUUUUAGUGACAAAUAAGUAGCGUACCAUAGCUACUUCAGUAACUACUAAAACAUGAGAAAAGCAGGAAGACAGAAAGAUGCGAUUUGGAAAUACUUUGAUGAGAUUCCAAGUGGACAGUCGAAAGGAAUAAGAGCAAGAUGUAAGGACUGUGGUAAAGAGUUGCAAGGUUUAGUUCAACGACUUCGCAAUCACAAGUUAAUUUGCAAAUUGCCUGACCAGCCUGAUUCAGAGCAAGAGGAGGAAGAUGGUAUUAUGGUUUUGCCAGAGCAAGCCGAGCUACCAGAGUUGAAUUCUGAGCAUAAUUCAGAUAUAUCCUCAGCAACUGAUGAAGCAUAUGAUAUUUCACAACCUGGAACAUCUGGCUUUUCUCCACGAACAUCAACACCACAACCACCAUCAUCCACACCUUGGACUCUUUCAAGAAAGCGGAGCCACUCACGUACUCCAUCACCAUUACCAGUAUUUUUGUCACCACAAGGACCAUCACAAAAAGAGCCUAGCACAACAGUAGCAGCCUCACCUGCUGUAAAAAAAUGUUCACUCAGUUCUGGAUCCAUGCAACAAUUUACAAUCAAGACAACAAAGGAAGAUAAAAAAUGUCUUGAUUAUCUGGUUGCAAGAAUGAUUUAUGGUACAAACUCUUCUUUCAGACUUGUUGAACAUGAUUGUUUCAGAGAAAUGAUGGAUGCAGCAAGACCUGGCUACAAACUUCCAACCCGAAGGGAUGUGGCGGGUAGAUUAUUGGACGAAGUUUUUGACUCGGAAACUGAGAAGGCUGUGAACAUGUUGCAGGGUCAGACUGUAUGCAUGAGUCUUGAUGGAUGGAGUAAUGUUUCAAAUGAGCCAGUCAUAUGUUCGUCAGUCACGGUACAUUCAUCAACCUCUUGUGAAGUGCACUUGGUUGAUACAGUGGAUACAUCAGGCCAUUCUCACACUGCAGAGUACCUACUAGAAGUAGUGAAAAACUCUAUCAGUGUUGCUGAACAAAAAUUCAGAUGCAAAAUUGGCAGCUUUGUUACAGAUAAUGCUGCAAAUGUAACAAAAAUGAGAACAGAACUGAUGAAGGAAAAUGGAUUAAUAUGCUAUGGUUGCUCUGCUCAUCUUUUGAACCUACUAGCAAAGGACUUUGAGAUCAGCAAUAUUAAAGAACAUGUAGUUCAAAUAGUUAAAUACUUCCGCAACAACCAUGCAGCUUCUGCUGCAUAUCGUGCUGCUGGAGGGCAAGCACUUGUGGUGCCUCAAGAUGUGCGUUGGAACACACUUGCCGAUUGUUUGGAAGUGUACCUAAAAAAUUGGCCAAUAUUAUUAGGUGUAUGCGAUGGAGAAAAGAGGAAAGAGUUAGACAAGAGCAUUAUUAGAAAGGUGAUGGACAGAAACAUAAAGCGUACUGCAGAAGAUAUGCUAAAAAUUUUGAAACACAUUUCAGUUGCACUAGACAAAGUUCAGAGUGAUGCUUGUAAUAUUGGUGAUGCAACGGAAGUGUGGAAAAACCUUGAAGGCCAACUUAAUCAAGAUUUUGAUGACCAUGAUGGUGCUGAUUUUGUCACAAAACUAGAAAAGCGAAAAAAGCAAGCAUUAACCCCUGCACAUUACCUAGCCAAUAUAUUGCAUCCAGUCCAUAGAGGUCAACAGCUAUCACCUGAAGAAGAGAAUUCUGCAAUGGAAUGGGCUCAUGAGGAAUUUCCCAACAGCAUGCCUCUAAUAAUGAAAUUCAAAGCCAAGUUACCACCGUUCGUUCCAUACUUGUUUUCAGACUUCUCCACAGAAGCUGGACCUCUUGUUUGGUGGUUGGCACUAGGGAGUAAUUUGAAGGACAAUGACCGUGAGCUGAUGACUAAAUUAUUUACUACAACUGCCUCUUCUGCUGGAGUGGAAAGAAUUUUCUCUUCUUUUGGACUUGUGCAAUCUAGCAUAAGAAAUCGAUUAGGAACUGCAAAAGCAGCAAAAUUAGUUUUCAUUUUCAAGCGGCUCAAUAGGAAGGCAGAUGGAGACGAUCUCCAUUAAUCUCUCAAGUAGCAACUUAAUUAGGUACCUGGAUUCUAGAUAGUGAAUGUUUCUUGUAGUUUGAGGUUUUCACGUUGCAAUGGUAAUGAAAAAAAAUUGUAGUAAUGUCAAUUAUUAUUAUUUGUUGCUUUUGAAAAAAAUACAAAGUGUUAGAUUUUAUCAGUUUUAUUUCAGCUUUUGGCUUUAGCAAAUGGGAGAUUCUUAGUUUGAUUUUUUCAACCUUUAAGAAAAGGUGACUAAUUGCUAAUGUUAUUAGUCAGUAUUGCUUUAGGCAAGAGUGUAAUACCUAUCUAUUUUUAUUGUUUUGUAAUUUGUAGUUUAUUAAUAAAGGAAAGAGGAUGGUUGAUAACUUGAGAGAAUAAACUGAAUAUACCGAUUUUGUUUCAAUUUCUUGUAUGACUUAAAU